AAGCUUCGACGACCACCCAGACCAGACCCGUGGCCCAGCAUGGAGGGAAAAGCCGAGCCGACGAUGACGGACUUCGCGGGCCUUCUGUUGGCAGAUCUUUCAAGUUUCGCUGCUCGAGCGUUGAAAGAUGCUCACCAGACACUCAACGCGUGGGAGGCGACCACUUCGCCCUACACGUGCCUGUUGAGACCGUGGAAAGAGUUUGCAGACCUCGAACUGCCUGAUCCGGAUGCCGAGCCGGAUGUGUUGCAGCGGAUGGUGAGAAAUGUGGCGCACUUCCAAGCGAACUACCUCACUCUAGGUUCCUUUGUGUUCUGCAUCAUGAUCUAUCAGCACACAUCGUGGCUGCUUGCAGUGUUGCUACUUCUGGGCGUUUGGGCAUACUAUAUCUCCCGGGGCGGCCUUGACACCGAGUGGAAACCUCUGAUUUUGGGGGUAGAAGUAACGGUGUCACACCGGCUAGCUUUGAUGUAUGCCAGUUCUAUGGCUUUAAUCUUCUUGGUCUUUGGGCAGUCGCUCCUGGUUCUACUGGGCAUCCUUGGAACGCUCACCAUGGCGCACGCGCUGUGCAAUGCCACCCUGACCCGGAAGCCCAUCCCAACCCCAACCGACCCCCGCAGCCCAUCGCCGCAUCGGCCUUCUCCCAGUGAUGUAGCGCAGCCGGAGAAAGUGGCUGCCAUUGUGUGAUGGCCGGAGACCAGGGCGACAAGCCUCGAUGGAGGCGACUGAAAGCCAAAAAAAAGGCGCCACAAGGAGCGCGACACAAUGAAUUUUCAAUAGCAGCUCAAUAGCAUGAGUCUUUGAGGUGGUCCAGAAGUGAAAGUACACAAACAC